AUGGCCUCUGCACCGGCUCGGCACUCCUCCAUGUUGUCCGGAUUCUCGGAACACACUGUAGGCUCAAGGUUGGAGAAGGUUCAUUCGGACCCAACAGCGCAGCUACACAUCGGGAGCCCGCCUGACGCUCGAACGGCGAAUCUACAAUCCCCAAUACUAGAGGAGGAUGAGAGCCACGAGACGAGCAGCGAACCCAUGGAGCCAGUUACGCCGACGAACGAUACCGUUCCGCACUCGUUCCCGCAGCAGAAUGGCAAAGUGCAGAAUGUCCCCAUGGUUCAACCGAGCAGCGCCGCCAAGCCAAUCCCCACGCGAACACCUUCGAAACCUGCUCCAGCUCCACAACCAACCAAGACCGCGCAGCAUAGUCAGGCAGCAAGCAACGAUACGCCGAAGCCCGGCCUUGGCAAGCGUGUGGGCUCGUUCAUGAGUAAACAUCUGCAUCGGAACAAGAAGGAUGACGAUAGUGCGGCAAAUGCAUCUCCGCCCAAGGCUGCAGCCAACAACAGCAGCGUGACGAAGCCAGCGCAACUGCCGCAGCAACCGCAACCCACUCGAAGAUUUAGCUCCUUUCGGUUGUCCGCCAAGAAUUCUCCCGAGUCCUCGCAGUCAAACACCCCGCCUUCUCCGGGGUCUCCUGUGCAGACAAUGGACGACAAGCAACCCUUUAGCCGCCAAGACUUCGCGCAGCAGCCCUCUGCACCAGAGAUUCGUUUCGAUGUCAUGGAAGCACCACCGGGUCCACCGAAGACGCGGCUCACCUGGAAUGCCAAUGACACGGACAGUUUGGCUCCUCCAGCAGCACGUGGAGGAAGGCGACGCUCACUCAGUACUGAUAACCUACCGUCUAUGGUUAGAGUUCCGAAGGAUCCGAACGACCCAGACGUUGGUCUUCUAGAUGCGGUCUCAAGACCGGCUGUCCAAGGGGCAGGCUUGAAAGCCAGAAGACUGAGUUAUAGUCUGCCGGACGAAUUCACCGUGGACUACUGCGAGUUGUACGACGAGUUUGAGAAGUCGGGCAAGCUCGGUUUGAAGCGCGGAAGUCUGUGCGGCAAAGGUGCGACUGCGGAGGUCAGGUUGAUGAACCGCAAGGGGCAGCCUGAUGCACUAGUCGCAGUGAAAGAGUUCCGAGAGCGUGAUCCGAGCGAUGAGAAUGAGCGCGAAUACCUGCAGAAGAUUAAGUCGGAGUAUACCAUCGCUAAGAGCAUGAAUCAUCCGAACAUCGUCGAAACCUUUCGUCUUUGCACUCAUCGGGGCCGAUGGAACCACGUCAUGGAAUACUGCGGCAAAGGCGAGCUCUAUACGAUGGCAGAGGCAGGCCUCUUCAGAUCGCAUUUUUCUCUUGACGACCGCCUCUGCUUCUUCAAGCAAAUGCUUCGCGGGAUUGAGUAUAUGCAUACCCACGGCAUCGCCCACAGGGACAUUAAACUCGAAAACUUGCUCAUGAACUCCGAGGGUCACAUCAAGAUCUCCGAUUUUGGCGUUUCGGAAGUCUUUAGCGGAGAGCAUCCUGGUCUUCGCGCAGCUGGAGGCGAGUGUGGGAAGAACAUGGGCGAGAUCCGACGCUGUGCUCCUGGCAUAUGCGGCAGCCUUCCGUACAUCGCUCCGGAAGUGCUUCAGAAGAGUGGCGACUACGACCCCCGUCCGCUGGACGUCUGGUCCUGCGCCAUCGUCUUCCUCACCAUGACCUACAGCGGCUCCCCCUGGGAAGCCGCAGAUCCAAAGCACCAGCACUACGCGCGCUUCAAGAAGGGCUGGGACGAGUGGCUCCCGAAUCACCCAGACGGCAAGGUCAGAGACGAGAAAGACGGCAUGCCGAAAUGCGGCCCCGUUUUCAUGAAUCUGAACGUUCCGGGCCUCAAGCGCCUUAUGUUGAAGAUGCUGCACCCGGUCCCGGAAAUGCGCAUCUCGAUCACCGAGGCGCUUAACAGCGCGUACAUCAAGGGCGUCGAGUGUUGCACGCUGGAGAGUGCCGACGAGCCGAGCCGCGGCGUCGACGCCUCCGGCAAGUCGGGGAAGAUCCCGGCCGCGAAGCUGAAGGUGCAGAAGAAGCAUAAUCAUAUUCCGCCGGAGAAGAGCAAGGUGCCGAAUGCGUUCAAGUAUAGAUUCGAUAUGGGAGAUGGCUGGACUUGA